AUGGGUGACUGGAGUUUCUUGGGGAACAUCUUGGAGGAAGUGAACGAGCACUCCACGGUCAUCGGCAGAGUGUGGCUCACUGUGCUUUUCAUCUUUCGGAUCCUCAUCCUUGGCACAGCUGCAGAGUUCGUGUGGGGCGAUGAGCAGUCUGACUUCGUGUGCAACACCCAGCAGCCAGGCUGCGAGAACGUCUGCUAUGACGAGGCCUUCCCCAUCUCGCACAUCCGCCUCUGGGUCCUGCAGAUCAUCUUUGUCUCCACUCCAUCUCUGAUGUACGUGGGACACGCGGUGCACCAUGUCCGCAUGGAGGAGAAGAGGAAGGACCGUGAGGCUGAGGAGCUGUGCCAACAGUCCCGGGGCAACGGUGGAGAGAGGGUGCCACUUGCCCCAGACCAGGGCAGCAUCAGGAAAAGCAGCAGCAGCAGCAAAGGCACUAAGAAAUUCCGCUUGGAGGGAACCCUGCUGAGGACCUACGUCUGCCACAUCAUCUUCAAGACCCUUUUUGAGGUGGGCUUCAUAGUGGGCCACUACUUCCUGUACGGUUUCCGGAUCCUGCCCCUCUAUCGCUGCAGCCGGUGGCCCUGCCCCAAUGUGGUGGACUGCUUUGUGUCCCGGCCCACUGAGAAAACCAUCUUCAUCCUGUUCAUGUUGUCUGUGGCCUUUGUGUCCCUCUUCCUCAAUAUAAUGGAGAUGAGCCAUCUGGGCCUGAAGGGAAUCCGGUCUGCCUUCAAGAGGCCCGUGGAGCAGCCAUUGGGGGAGAUUCCUGAGAAAUCCCUCCACUCCAUCGCUGUCUCCUCCAUCCAGAAAGCCAAGGGCUACCAGCUCCUAGAGGAAGAGAAAAUCGUGUCCCACUAUUUCCCUUUGACUGAGGUUGGGAUGGUGGAGACGACCCCACUUUCUGCCAAGCCUUUCAGUCAGUUUGAGGAGAAGAUCAGCACUGGACCCCUAGCAGACAUGUCCCGGGGUUACCAAGAAACACUACCUUCUUAUGCUCAGGUGGGGCCACAGGAAGAGGAAGGGGAGGAGCAGCCUGUAGAGGAGGGAGCAGAACCGGAAGUGGGGGAGAAGAAGCAGGAAGCAGAGAAGACCACAGAAGGGCAGGAGGUAGUGGCAGUGCCAGACGGGGAAAAAGUAGAGACCCCUGGAGUAGGGAAGGAGGGUGAGAAGGAAGAGCUGCAGGCUGAGAAGGUGACCAAGCAAGGGCUGUCCACUGAGAAGGCACCUUCGCUUUGUCCAGAGCUGAUGGUAGAUGACUCCAGGCCACUAAGCAGGCUGAGCAAAGCCAGCAGCCGGGCUAGGUCAGAUGAUCUAACCAUAUGA